GCAGCAGCGGGUGGGCGGGCCCGCCGGCUGUCCGGCAGCGGGUGCGUGUGGCGGACGGGUGCCGCCAUGCCCAUGUACAAGGUGCGGCCCUUCUCUAGGGUCAGCGGUGAGGUGCUGGCGGAGCAGCUGCCCACCUGCAUGUACCGCCUGCCCAACAUCCACCGCCGACCCUCGCCCGCCGCCUCGCCGCCGCCGCAGGAAGAGGUUGACCCAUCACUUCAAGCACUUGAAUCCCGCCAGGAAGAGAUUCUCAAACGUUUGUAUGAACUGAAGAGUGCUGUCGAUGGUCUCUCAAAAAUGAUACAAACCCCAGAUGCUGAUUUUGAUGUAACUAAUAUAAUUCAAACUGUUGAAUGUUCUCCUUUGACACCAAAUGGAGCAGAUUUAGAUUUAAUGCUUGGAAAGGAUUAUGGUGCCCUGAAAGAUAUUGUAAUCAAUGCAAAUCCUUCUUUACCUCCACUGUCAUUACUGGUACUGCACAGUCUCCUUUGUGAACGCUAUAAAAUUCUGUCAGCUGUUCACACACAUUCAUCAGUCAAAAGUGUGCCAGAAAACCUCUUGAAAUGCUUUGGAGAGCAGAUGAAGCACCAACCACGUCAUGAAUAUCAGUUGGGCUUUACUCUUAUCUGGAAGGAUGUUCCAAAACCCCAGAUGAAGUUUAGCAUUCAAACAAUGUGCCCUAUUGAAGGAGAGGGGAACAUUGCUCGAUUUCUCUUCUCCCUGUUUGGCCAGAAGUACAAUGCAGUUACUUCAACUCUGAUUGACAGCUGGGUUGAUACAGCCAUCUUCCAGCUAAGAGAAGGCAGCAGUAAGGAAAAAGGAGCAGUCCUGCGCUCUAUGAACGCAGCCCUGGGCAAGACAUCGUGGUUGGUGGGAAAUGAACUCACUGUAGCAGACAUUGUUGCAUGGUCUGCACUACAGCAGACAGGCAGUGCAAACACUGCCCCAGCCAAUGUGCAAAAAUGGAUGAGGUCGUGUGAGAACUUGGCACCUUUCAGCUCAGUAAUGAAGCUACUGAAGUAAGCCUCUACUCUUCAUCAUGUGUAAUUUUCUUCCACCUCAUGCCUGCUGUAGUGGUUUAAGUCCUUUCUGAGGUGUCUUCAAGUACUACAGUUGGACAGAAUUCUGAAAUUAAUAAAAACAUUACAGCUAC